AUGGAGCCAGCAGGUGGUGCAGAAGUUGUUUGACUGGGAUUACGCCCGGACCAAAUGGUUUCGCAACUUCUGUUGCUUCUCUUCCCUUCCACUGUGGCUGCAGAGGAGUCCCCGCUGCUGGAAGGCUGGACCGAUGUCUGGUUCUUCAGAUUCCUCAUCAACAUACUGGGAUACUCCACCAUCAUCAUCCCGGGCUACCUCCUCAUUUGCUACUUCAAGCGCACCAAUUACUUAGAAACAGGUAGUGGGAUCUGCCAUCCUCUAAUAAGGACCUGUGUAUUUGGCAAUGAGGCCAAAACAGGUCUGUUGGAUGACGUGUCGGUUGCCCCGAGGAACGAAGGCGACUCGGGCUGGUCGCUCAAACAGGGAAUCAAACUAGUCUUUUGUGCUGCUGGACUUCAGGCUUCGUACCUGACAUGGGGGGUGCUGCAGGAGAGGGUGAUGACUCGUUCCUAUGGAGCCACGACUCCAGAGGAGGAGGGGGAGAAGUUAAAGGACUCCCAGUUCUUGGUCUUCAUGAACCGCAUCCUGGCUCUGACCGUGUCGGGCCUCUGGUGCCUCCUGUUCAAGCAGCCUCGCCACGGAGCGCCCAUGUACAAGUACUCCUUCGCCUCGCUCUCCAACGUCAUGAGCAGCUGGUGCCAGUACGAGGCCCUCAAGUUCAUCAGCUUCCCCACCCAGGUCCUGGCCAAGGCCUCCAAAGUCAUUCCUGUCAUGCUCAUGGGGAAGCUCGUCUCCCGGAAGAGUUACGAGUACUUGGAAUACUUGGCCGCCGUUCUGAUCUCACUGGGAGUCAGCAUGUUCCUGUUGUCCAGCACGACCAGUAAGCACCCGUCCAACGUCACCACGUUCAGCGGGAUCUUCAUCCUCGUGGGCUACGUGGUCUUCGACAGCUUCACCUCCAACUGGCAGGACAACCUGUUCAAGCACAAGAUGUCGUCGGUGCAGAUGAUGUUCGGGGUCAACCUGUUCUCCUGCCUCUUCACCGUGGGCUCGCUGCUGGAGCAGGGCGCCUUCUUCGACUCGGUGGCCUUCAUGACGCGUCACUCCGAGUUUGCCUUACACGCCGUGCUGCUGUCCGUGUGCUCGGCGUGUGGCCAGCUCUUCAUCUUCUACACCAUCAGCCAGUUCGGUGCAGCCGUGUUCACCAUCAUAACGACCCUGAGGCAGGCCAUCGCCAUCCUCCUCUCCUGUUUCCUUUACGGUCACGCCGUCACCGUUGCAGGUGGAUUCGGUGUCGGCGUGGUUUUCCUGGCCCUUUUCCUCCGGGUGUAUGCACGUAGCCGCAUGAAGUCGGGUCGACGGUCAGCGCUGCCGCUCGCACAGAAGGUAUAACGCCAAACUGGGAACUGAGGCCACGUUUUCUGUGGUGCAUUUUGUCUAUUUUUGUGUCUCUGUUUGGUUUGUCGAUUUCUUUACACUUUUCUUUUUCGUUUGUUUAUAUUUUUGUUAGCUACGGUAAAGGAAGGGAUUCGGCAGUUUUGACUCUUACACCAUGAUGACCUCAAGGGGUCAAUGUGAUUUCAGUGCCUGCAGUAUUGUUUAAUACACAAUUCUCAGACCACAACUUUGCUCUUCGGUUCUUUUACAGUUUGAUGGUGGACUAUUUCUUCUAUAACCACGAUAUGUGGCUUGUGGAUCCUGUUUAAGGUUCCUAUGAUCCUGGUAAAGGUGUGUGGGCUAUUGUUGAGCCCGGUCCCUUCAGGACCAGACAGCGUGUUCGUUGAUUUGAGGUUCAAGUGGGAAAGGUUAAUAAUUUAGACAAGUUCAGUGUUCAAAAGUUUCACAGUAAUACGUUUAUUGUAUAAGAACAAUACUUACAGAGAGUCUCUGGAGUUCUCCAGGACACGUCACCAGGUCACUGGAUCAUGUCAAGAAGAAGCCCCCACUUUUCCAAGUCCACAGUAUUUGUAAAAGACACAGCGUGCAACACAGAGGCGGUUCUUUUCUUGAGGGCACGCAGCAAUUGGCCAGAUGUCUCUCAAAGUGCAGUUUUUUGCAAGCACAUCCUUGUGAGAGAAGGUUUACUCCACCAGGUGUCUCUGUCAAGAAGGGAGUUUUUUACAGUGGAGAGACCAAGCAGAUGAGACCUGAGGAGGAUUUCAUAUGUUUUCCCCAUAAUAAUUCAUGAAAUGGUUCAUUGUUUUAGUCCUCUCUCCUUCCUGAGAAUCCGUGCUUUCAUUAUCUCAAAUCUCAAGAUGAAUUUCCUUCUCACGCUUUCCCCAAGUUGCACUUUGCAGUCAGUUUAACACUCAAAUGGUUACGCUCUGUGUUUGACCCUGUGCCUGAGUCCAGAAGUUAUACAUUACUCCAGAUGAAACAAACAGUUGUAAUAUUGUUAAUUCUAUAGACUAUACAGCUAAUAUUGAUUCACAGGGUAUAAAUGUAGGUAAAAUAUAGUAAAAUCAGAUCAUUUCACUGCUUUUAGUCUCAUUGGAUUUUAAAUCAUUCAAACUUCUGUAGAUGAGAAGUUUAGUUUGUCUGUGAAGAUGCAGCUUCAGUCUGGGAUUCUAACGUGGAGACACGCUCGGGACCCUGGACGCUUUGGUCUGAUGAACAUGACGUCAGAGACAUUUAUUACUCGUCCUUAAAAUAUGAGACAAAUUCUCUGAGAUAAUUUACUCUUUUUCUUUCAUUUAAUAAAUACAAGAAAGCUCAUUUUACUUUGUGAAUAUCUUUGUAACCAUGAUGUCGAGUGUACAGCUUCACAGAUGAAAAUGGAAAACAUCAAGUCGCCACCAGAUGUCAACAGAAACAUGUUAAUUUAACUGGAGUGUUUCUCCCGUCACUGCCGUUAAACCACAGAAGAAGAAGUGAUCCAAACAUAAUGUUGUUGAAAUGAUGAAGGUUCAGUUUCCUCAUCGUUUCCAUCCAACGUUGUCACAUUUAGUUUGUAUUAAUAAACCAACUUUUGAUCAUUUUUCAUGUGCAAAUAAAAGUAUAUUUUCAAGUGAAAAGAUAGCAAGCGGCCCCCUCUAGUGGUGACUUUGAGUAUGACUUGGUGUUUUAUGAUAAAAACGAAUCUAGUGCUAAAAGCAGCAGCUGAUGAUUUGUUUGUUGAGAUGUUUCUGGAGAGUUGUGCGCUGACGCCUGAGCUGUGAACACGCUGAAGCAGAGACAGUAUUAAAGUGCUGAAGCACUUAGAUCUUAUUUUUAUACCAGGAAGAAGAAGAAGAAACAUCCAGACACUUAUUCUACCUUUGUUUUGAUCCCUAAUUGACUCAUGAAUUUGAAUCAGUGAGAAUCCGUGACGACAGUUUUCAUAUGAAAGGAAACUUAUUGAUAAAUUUCACGAUUCAAAAUCUUCCUGAAAUAAAGAAUCUGAAGAAACAGAA